CACCUUAUCAUACUGACACAUGUGAAAGAACCGGUUUGUGGAAAAUUCUAAAUGUUAUUUUGGAACUCCUUGCUUUACAAGCAGACUUUAGAGUUUAUGGUGGUUUCAACGACUAAAAAUACAAAUGACUGACUACAAGGAGGAGCAAGUCAAUGAAAUCGAAGCUUUAGAAUCAAUAUAUCCAGAUGAAUUUUCGGUACUGGAGACGAAACCUUUCCAUGUAUUCCAGGUGACAGUGUCAGCAGAGGAGGAGUCGGGUGAAGAUGAAGAAGAAGAAAAAGGUCAGCUCUCGGUCACCCUUAAGUUCACCUACACACCAUGCUACCCAGAAGAAGCACCAAUCUUUGAGGUGAUACUCGAUGACGAGCUUGCCCAAGACUAUGAACAGCAGAUUAGUGAACUAGUUCAAGCCCAGAUUGAAGAGAAUAUCGGUAUGGCCAUGAUCUUUGCCAUCGUGUCGGCCUCACAGGAGUUCCUGAAUGAGAAAAUAGAUGAAAUCAAGGCUACGAAAGAUGAUAGAAAGAGGAGGAUAGAGGAAGAAAAGAAAAGAGCAGAGGAGGAAGCGGCAAAUAAGUUAAAGGGCACCCUCGUCACGAUAGAGAGCUUUCUAGCGUGGAAAGAAAGAUUUGAUCAGGAGCAGAAAGAACUCAAAGCCAAACAGAGCGCUGCAUCUGACAGUACAGCGGGAAAACUCACAGGGAAGGAGCUUUUCUUCCAGAAUGCGAACUUGGAUACAUCAGAUAUGGAUCUUUUGGAUGAAAGUGAUAGAGUUGAAGUUGACGAGUCACUCUUUCAAGAUCUGGACCUGGACGUCGAUCUCGAUCUCGAUGAUGACGAAGAUUGAUGAUUGGCCUCAUAACAAUGGACUUUGACAUAUGAAGGAGCUCGGUUAAGAUAUGUCUUAAUUAAUAAGCCAGACAUAUUAAAGAAAAACUAUGAAUAGCGAAUCGUUGAACUGGAUGUGAACAGAUCCGCAAGAUCCCAAGGAACUUGAAAGAAUGGAUACAGAGAUAUGGUUUCUG